GUAUUCCCCCAGGCAAAGUGCAGUGGGCAGGCGCCAGGGCGCGGGCGGGAGGCGAAAGCGCCAACCACGCGCGUCCGGGCGCAGGUGCCGGGGGCGGCGGCGGCCACUCCGCAGCGUCCGCUCGGGAGGAGAGUUCGCGGCUGAUCUCGGGAUGCCUUGCAGAUGCAAAAUGUGUCUCUGGCCAGCAGGAGGAAGGAAGAGGAAGUGAGAGCAGCGGCAGCCGGCGGCGCAGCAGCCGGCCGACCCGGAGUGUAAGUGCGUGUGCUCGGGCAAGCGAGAGCGGGCGAGGAUGGGCACAGGAUAGAGGCAGAGACAUCCACACCGCCGCGACCCCGAGGUGGGCGACAGAGCCUCCGGCCCCACUUCAAUGGUCUCAGGUCGUCAGAGCUCUGAUCGCAGGGAACCCUCGCCGCCGCCGCCGCUGUCCUGCGACCCCGGGCAGGUCUAGACACGUGCUGCCAUCUGCUCUAUAGGAUCCCGGUUCCACUGACUUUGGACUUUCUCGGGGUUUACCAUGCCGCCACCUGCAGACACUGUCAAGGUGGCCAUAGAAUGGCCGGGCGCCUACCCCAAACUCAUGGAAAUCGAUCAGAAAAAACCACUGUCUGCAAUAAUAAAGGAAGUCUGUGAUGGGUGGUCGCUUGCCAACCAUGAAUGCUUUGCACUGCAGCACGCUGACAGUUCAAACUUCUAUAUUACGGAAAAGAAUCGCAAUGAAAUAAAAAAUGGCACUAUCCUUCGACUAACUACUUCUCCAGCUCAAAACGCCCAGCAGCUCCAUGAACGCAUCCAGUCGUCGAGUAUGGACGCCAAGCUGGAAGCCCUGAAGGACUUGGCCAGCCUCUCCCGGGAUGUCACGUUUGCCCAGGAGUUUAUAAAUCUGGAUGGCAUCUGUCUCCUCACACAGAUGGUCGAAAGCGGCACGGAACGAUACCAGAAAUUGCAGAAGAUCAUGAAGCCUUGCUUUGGAGACAUGCUGUCCUUCACCCUGACGGCCUUUGUAGAGCUGAUGGACCAUGGAAUAGUGUCCUGGGAUACGUUUUCGGUGGCAUUCAUUAAGAAGAUAGCAAGUUUUGUGAAUAAGUCAGCCAUGGACAUCUCGAUCCUGCAGCGGUCCUUGGCCAUUUUGGAGUCGAUGGUGCUCAAUAGCCACGACCUCUACCAGAAGGUGGCCCAGGAGAUCACUAUUGGCCAGCUGAUUCCACAUCUUCAAGGGACAGAUCAAGAAAUCCAAACCUAUACCAUUGCAGUGAUUAAUGCACUUUUCUUGAAGGCCCCUGAUGAGAGGAGGCAGGAGAUGGCGAAUAUUUUGGCUCAGAAGCAACUGCGUUCCAUCAUUUUAACACAUGUCAUCCGAGCUCAGCGGGCCAUCAACAAUGAAAUGGCACACCAGCUGUAUGUGCUUCAAGUGCUUACCUUUAACCUCCUGGAAGAUAGGAUGAUGACCAAGAUGGACCCCCAGGACCAGGCUCAGAGGGACAUCAUAUUUGAACUUCGAAGAAUUGCUUUUGAUGCAGAGUCUGAACCUAAUAACAGCAGUGGCAGCAUGGAGAAACGCAAGUCCAUGUACACGAGGGAUUAUAAAAAACUUGGCUUCAUUAAUCAUGUCAACCCCGCCAUGGACUUUACCCAGACCCCUCCUGGGAUGUUAGCCCUGGACAAUAUGCUGUACUUUGCCAAGCACCACCAGGAUGCCUACAUCCGGAUUGUGCUUGAGAACAGUAGCCGAGAAGACAAGCAUGAAUGUCCCUUUGGCCGCAGUAGUAUAGAGCUGACCAAGAUGCUGUGUGAGAUCUUGAAAGUGGGCGAGCUGCCUAGUGAGACCUGCAACGACUUCCACCCGAUGUUCUUCACCCAUGACAGAUCCUUUGAGGAGUUUUUCUGCAUCUGUAUCCAGCUCCUGAACAAGACAUGGAAGGAAAUGAGGGCAACUUCUGAAGACUUCAACAAGGUAAUGCAGGUGGUGAAGGAGCAGGUUAUGAGAGCUCUUACAACCAAGCCUAGCUCCCUGGACCAGUUCAAAAGCAAACUGCAGAACCUGAGCUACACUGAGAUCCUGAAAAUCCGCCAGUCUGAGAGGAUGAACCAGGAAGAUUUCCAGUCCCGCCCGAUUUUGGAACUCAAGGAGAAGAUUCAGCCAGAAAUCUUGGAGCUGAUCAAACAGCAGCGUCUGAACCGCCUCGUGGAAGGGACCUGCUUUAGGAAACUCAACUGCCGGAGGAGGCAAGACAAGUUUUGGUAUUGUCGGCUUUCACCAAACCACAAGGUCCUGCACUAUGGAGACUUGGAAGAAAGUCCUCAGGGAGAAGUGCCCCAUGAUUCCUUGCAGGACAAACUGCCGGUGGCAGAUAUCAAAGCUGUGGUGACAGGAAAGGACUGCCCUCAUAUGAAAGAGAAAGGUGCCCUUAAACAAAACAAGGAGGUGCUGGAACUUGCUUUCUCCAUCUUGUAUGACUCAAACUGCCAGCUGAACUUCAUAGCUCCUGACAAGCAUGAGUACUGUAUCUGGACGGAUGGGCUGAAUGCGCUGCUGGGGAAAGACAUGAUGAGCGAGCUGACGCGGAAUGACUUGGACACCCUGCUCAGCAUGGAGAUCAAGCUCCGCCUCCUCGACCUAGAAAACAUUCAGAUCCCCGAUGCACCCCCACCCAUCCCCAAGGAGCCCAGCAACUAUGACUUCGUCUAUGACUGUAACUGAAGUGGCCAGGCCCAGAAGCACCCCCCUUCAAAACUGGAAAAUCUAGCUAACAGGAGAGAAGAAUGAAAAUCGGCCCAGGCCUUGGAAUCCUCUUGGGUAAAGGGAAGCUGUGGGUCAACACUUUCUUUGGCCUCACCUCUAGCCCCUGGCAUCUUUCUGCCCCUACCUGGCGUUUUGCUCACUGCCCCAAUCCUGUUUCUAGACUCCAUUGCUUUAGGUCACUUCCCAUUGCCGCAGUCUACUGGUGGGAGAAGAACAAGACCCACCACCAAUAAGAGAGCCAAAGGGCCCUUCCAUCCUAACCCCAACAGGCACGUCCUCCUUCCUGGAGUAUGAAAGCCAGACU